UUGCACGUAGAAGGGCGACAUCUUCAGGGCUGAGGAUUGCUUUCACAUUCCAUAUUUUUCGAUUCCUUGCGAAGAGAGGGAAGAAAAAACUGAGAUUACAAGAUGGAUAGCUUAUUUGGAAGCAAACCGAUUUCAUUCAGUGCUUUGAAGGAUUUUUCGAAGCUUGAUCAGCCUACAAUCCAGCACUUGAAGAAGGUGUAUACUUGCUUGUCUUUGUCCAUGCUUAUUGCAGCUGUUGGAAGUGGAGUGCAUCUGUUUACAGAUGUAUUGAAGGGGGGACUAUUGUCAGCUGUUGCUACUAUUGGCCUUCUGAUUGCAUUGAGUUUGACUCCAUAUGAUGGAAAGAAUCAGACUAAAAGAGUGGGUUUCCUUAUGGGAUUUGCAUUUUGCACAGGCUUGGGUCUUGGACCUCUUAUGGAUAUUGUGAUGAAGAUUGAUGCAAGCAUCAUCCCUACAGCUUUCUUUUACACCACAUUGAUCUUCUUCUGUUUUACUCUGAGUGCUCUGUGGGCAAAGGAGCGAUUUUAUCUCUAUCUGGGAGGUUGGCUCAUGUCUGGCUUGAGCAUACUCUGCUUCCUGUCACUGGCCAACCUGUUUCUUGGAGCACGGUUGCUUUUCCAGGUUGAGUUGUAUGGUGGCUUUGUGUUGUUCUGCUUCUUUGUGGCCUAUGACACUCAGCUUAUUGUGCAUAAGCACAAGCAAGGAGACAAGGACUUUGUGUGGCACUCAAUUGACUUGUUUUUGGACUUUGUACAAAUCUUCCGCAGGAUCUUGAUAAUCCUUGCUCAAAAAGAGGAUUCAAAGAAGAAGAGGAACUGAGGAAUCAAUUGAAAAAAGAGUGUCAAGCAUUUCAGUAAUUUCUUCAAGCUAAUAAACUAGAUGUACAAGAAAUUAGUACAGGAAUACUCAGCUGUAGAUUUCAUUUAUACUAUUACUCAGCUUAUUGAAUUUUAAAUGUUAACUGAAGUGUGUUAGCAUAUUAAUUUUAUUACUAUGUUAUAGCCUUAGAGAUACCAUGGGCAACGACAUUAAUGGUGGAUAACUUAAAAAGGAUUAAAAAGUAAGCACUUAUUAACUCACUCUCUAAUGCAAUGUUUAGCAUUUUUUUAGACUGACUUGGUUGUAGGGAGUAUACUUGACUAAAAUCACUCAACAGAAAAUAUAGGCAUUGAAGUGUUUGAAAACAAUGUAACUGUAGGUUUGACGUAAGUCGAUGUCUAUUCUUCACUGCUCUCUUGGUUUUUUUUCCAUUACUUAUUUUAGGAUAGUAAGGUAGCACUGUACGAGUAUAUCACAAUAAAUGUAUUGUACAAAUAUUGAAGGUUAUGCUGUAAACAUGGAGUGAUUUUUCAUUGAGGAUUUAAAAGCAAAUUCAACGGCCCUUUGAAAUAAAGAUAAACAUUUAGCCAAUCAGUGGUAACACAAUAUUGAGUGGUUUUUGUUUGUGUGAUCGGUUGAUUGUUUGCACAAACAUCAGUUAACAUGCAUAUAAUGAGUCAGGCCAAAAUGCAAAAUCAUUAAUGGUAUGUGUGGAGUGUUGAUUUACUUUCUUUUUAAUUGAGGAAAUUUGAAUUGUAAUUAGUCUUAUCAAGAUUUGUAGAAAGACUUGGAUAAAGAAAAAAUAAAUAAAUAAAACUGGGGAUCUUA